CACCGUUCCUUGAUACGACAGCUCUGAAACGCGGACAAGUCUCUACAGCCUCAGCACGGACCCGGCCUGCCUCCUCUUCUCUCUCUCGGCGACGACUGGGCGACCGACCAACCGUCGCUGCGCUACGCCAGGUGCCAAGGUCUUCUUCGGGUCCUUCGCCGGCGACCAGCAGCACCAGGCAUAGACUUGUGUAAGAAAUGGAUGCAACUGCCGGUUAAUUGCGACACAGAUUUAUAUGGACAUAGCACGUUCCACUGUUUCUUUCUUCAGAUAUUGGGGCCAUGUGUAAGGGCGGAAGCUGUUCCUACCGCGUCAAUAAGGGGAGUCCUGCUGGUUCUACCAGGAAGAUCCAUUCCACAGCCUCUCAAGGUCGGAUGGCAUCUGACACAGCGAGGGUAACGAAAACAGAGGCAUCAAAGCUGAAGAACCUGAUCUCGGCAUCAUUCAAACCCUUGUCUCUGACCAUUCCCAUCGGCGACGGAUUCCACGAAUCGCUCCCUUUCAGCCAUUGUCAUUUAUAGUAGAGAAAGACCUACGAGAACGUCCAGGUGCUUUCUGCAGGAUCUCAUAAUACUUGCACGAGCUAGGAUGCAGCUCAAGCCUCCUGCAAGACCCAAGCUCUAUUCAGGGCUCAUGCCCCAAGAGGAUUUGGAUCCGUACCGUGAUCUAAUACCAGGCUUGCCUGAAGACUUGGCGAAGAUAUGUCUUGCCCUUGUCCCUCGUGCUCAUUUUCCUGCCAUGGGCGCAGUUUCCAAGAGGUGGAUGUCGUUCCUCGAAAGCAAGGAGCUCGUAGCUGUGAGGAAGGAGGUUGGGAAACUUGAGGAGUGGGUGUAUGUCCUGGUUCCAGAUGCUGGGGCGAAGGGGUCACACUGGGAGAUUUUAGAGUGUUCGGGGCAAAAGCAGAGCCCUCUUCCACGCAUGCCUGGACUAACCAAAGCGGGGUUUGGUGUGGUUGUUAUUGGUGGUAAGCUCUUUGUUAUUGCGGGCUAUGCCGCUGACCAUGGGAAAGACUGUGCUUCAGAUGAGGUUUAUCAGUAUGAUUCUUGCCUCAACAGGUGGACUGUGCUUGCUAAGAUGAAUGUAGCUCGGUGCGACUUCGCCUGUGCAGAGGUCAAUGGGGUGAUAUAUGUUGCUGGUGGAUUUGGUCCAAACGGCGAGAGUUUAUCUAGCGUCGAAGUGUAUGACCCAGAACAGAAUAAGUGGACACUGAUCGAGGGCCUGCGCAGACCAAGGUGGGGCUGCUUCGGGUGCAGCUUCGAAGGGAAGCUGUAUGUCAUGGGCGGCCGCUCAAGCUUCACAAUCGGUAACUCCCGUUCUGUUGACGUGUACAACCCUAACAGCCACGCCUGGGGCCAGGUCAAGAACGGCUGCGUGAUGGUCACGGCUCAUGCGGUCCUCGGCAAGAGGCUCUUCUGCAUCGAAUGGAAGAACCAGAGGUCUCUAGCAAUCUUCAACCCAGCUGACGACUCCUGGCAGAAGGUCCCCGUGCCGCUCACCGGCAGCUCAAGCACUCGUUUCUCCCUCGUGGUGCACGAGGACAAGCUGCUGCUCUUCCCUCUGGAGGAAGAGCCCGGGUACCAAACGCUGAUGUAUGACCCUGCAGCUCCGAUGGGGUCCGAGUGGUGCACGUCGAAGCUGAAGCCGACGGGUUCUUGCCUGUGCAGCGUGACCAUCAAAGCCUGAUGAUGACCUUGAAUGCGUGGGAUGCGGUGGUCGUACUGUCCUCAUAAGAUGGAGUCCCACACGCCUUCAUAUUUCAGAGUUGGGAUGAGGCUGCCUUCAGUUGGUCUCAUGCGCACUUUCUUUGCUUGAAAUUUUAAUUUUGCGUGUCGCAUCGACAAAUAAUGGAUAGGACAUUUAUGCUUCGGUUCAUUGAGUUGCUGAAGCUUAUGAUGUAUUCUCACUUCUGUAUUGAACUCUGUUCGUUUGGUUGUUUAGUUGAUUUGAUCUUUUGUUUUU